AUGGCAAGCUCGAGACCAUCAAAGCGUAGCUCUUUGCUCCAGCAGCUUCGUUCCCUCUUUAACCAGGCCAACAGGAAACAGAGUGUCAAGACAACGCCAACACCAGCCACGGCAGCUCCAAGCCCAGUCGUAACCACUCCUGUCAUGGCAACAGAAGACAAGCCACUCGAAAUCGCCAUUCUGGGCGCUGGCAUCGGUGGCCUGGGUCUCGCCAUUGGCCUGAUCAAGCGAGGCGUGCCUGUCACAAUCUACGAGGCAGCAACUCAGUUUUCCUCCAUUGGAGCUGGCAUUGGCUUCGGCCCCAACUCUUUGAAUGCCAUCGAUCUCAUCGACACACGUUUCCGCCAGGAGUAUGAGCGUGCCAAGACUGCCAAUGAGAAGCCAGAAUUUGAGCAUUGCGUCUUUGACGCGAUGUACGCCGAGGAAGGGUUUGGCGAGAAGAGAGGUUGGAAGCAAGGGUUCAUUGGUGCCGACUAUUUCACAAGAAGUAGUGCACACCGGAAAGACCUGCUUGACAUUAUGACCAGCUUCAUCCCCGAGGGCACAGUCAAAUUCAACAAACGUGCCAAGUCUGUGACCGAGACGAGCGACAAGGUUGUCGUUGUCUUCGAAGACGGCGAGACUAUCUCGGUUGAUACUCUGAUUGGUGGCGACGGUGUCAAGGGCAUCACUCGGCAACUCGUGAUUGGCGAUAUCGCACCCGAGCUUGUUGCCCCGACAUACAGCAACAUGUAUAUCUACAGAGGCAUUAUCCCGAUGGAAGAGUGCAAGGAGAUCCUGGGCUACCAUGCUGGCGACGCAAAAUGGUUCAUGGCCUACCGGAAGGGCGUGGCCAUCUACCCCAUCUCGAAGGGAAAGGAGGAGAACUUUGUCUUCUUCGUCUGUGACGACAAGCCAUGGACACAAGGCGACAGUCCCGUUCCUUGCACCAAGGAGGAGAUGAUCCAGGACCUGGAAGGCUUUGACCCCAGACUCUUACAACUCCUCGACUACGCAAAGCCUCUCAAAUGGCCGACUUUCCAUCACCCCAACACACCAACUUAUUACAAAAGCCGCGUUGCCAUAAUAGGCGACUGCGCACACGCAUCCAGCCCGCACCAAGCUGCUGGCGCCGGUCAGGGAUUGGAAGAUGCUGUCGUCCUGUCCCAUCUGCUCGCCCUUGUCAGAAAGCCAGAACAGCUGGACGCGGCAUUCAGGGUUUACGACUCGAUUCGGCGACCUCGCGCCCAGAAGGUGGUCAACACGAGCUACGAGGCCGGCACCAUCUACACAUGGCAGCACCCCGAAAUUGGCGGCGACAUGGCCAAAAUCGUGGCCAACGCAAAUGAGCGGCUGCACUGGAUUUGGCAGCAUGACAUCAAAGGUGACAUGCAAAAGGCCGAAGAGGAGUUCCUUGCAGCGACUGGUGGCGACAGCACAAGUGCAGCUGUGCCAAUGCUCCCCGGGAAGCAGAUGUCGCCCGCUGCUGAGACGAGAGAGGUCGGCAUAGCUGCCUGA